UCUAUUGCAGUGUUUAUUAAUAAAAUAAUUUGUAUUCCUAAAUAUUUCUAAAAUUUUGAUUAUUUAAUGCUAUCAAAGCAUUAAAAAAUAAUUAUUUUUAAUAGACUAGACAGCGAUCUACCGGCAAAAUUUAGUCACCAAAAAAAUGAUAACUGGAAUAUAUGAUUUUAUUAUCAGCUGGAAGUGUAGUUUUUAGUUGUCUGUCGACAUAAUAUUCUGGUUUGCAAGUGUAGUGUUCCGUAAUUUCGUGUUAUGGUUUAAAUACUUGUUCUUUAUAGAUAAACUUAUGAUAAUAUAUUUUUAACUUCUUCAAACAGUAUAGUCUAGUAAAUACAUUACCCUUUUUUAUUCGAGUUUUACCAUACAGAUAUUUAUCAUUUCUUCUUUAAAUAAAUAUAAUAUAAUGGCUGGUCAGACUAUCCAAGAUAGACUAUUGGCAGCUAGACAUAGCUUAGCUGGACAAGGUUUAGCGAAGUCCGUGUGCAAAGCAACUACUGAAGAACUAAUUGGACCAAAAAAGAAACAUUUGGAUUAUUUAAUUCAUUGUACUAACGAACCAAAUGUUUCAAUUCCACAAUUGGCAAAUCUUCUAAUUGAAAGAUCACAAAAUGCUAGUUGGGUUGUUGUUUUCAAGUCUUUAAUUACAGUGCACCAUUUAAUGUGUUACGGAAAUGAAAGGUUUACACAAUAUUUGGCUUCUAGUAAUAGUUCAUUUCAACUAAGUAAUUUCUUAGACAAAAGUAGUUUGCAAGGACCUGCUGGAAUACGAUCUGGUUAUGAUAUGUCACCAUUUAUUAGACGUUACUCAAAAUACUUAAAUGAAAAAGCAUUGUCUUAUAGAACAGUAGCAUUUGACUUUUGCAAAGUUAAAAGAAGUAAGGAAGAUGGAAUUUUACGCACAAUGAACUCUGAAAAACUGUUGAAAACAUUACCAGUUCUACAAUCUCAAUUAGAUGCAUUAUUAGAAUUUGAUUGUACUGCUGCUGAUCUUACAAACAGUGUUAUUAACACUGCAUUUAUGUUACUUUUUCGAGAUUUGAUUCGUCUUUUUGCUGGAUAUAAUGACAGCAUUAUCAACUUAUUAGAAAAGUAUUUUGAUAUGAAUAAGAAGCAAUGUCGAGAUGCUUUGGAUUUAUAUAAGAAGUUUUUGAUUAGGAUGGAUCGUGUAGGAGAAUUUCUUAAAGUAGCAGAAAAUGUUGGCAUAGACAAGGGUGAAAUUCCAGAUCUUACAAAAGCACCUAGUAGCUUACUAGAUGCUUUAGAACAACAUUUAGCAUCUAUUGAAGGCAAAAAAUCUGCAGCAAAUACACCCACUCAAGCCACUAGUACACAUCGAACUGAUGUAAAGACUGGUGUAUCUGCUCUUUCUUCCACUAGUAGUUCGUUUGGAACAAUAGCUCAACAUGCAGAUGUUGUUGAAGAAUCCAUAAAACAAGCUGUUCUUGCCGAAGAAGAAGCAGUUCUUAAUCAAUAUAAGGCUAAAGUAAGCAGUCCAGUUAAUGGUGCCAUUGCUACUGCAAAUAAUCCAUUUCUAGUUUCAUCAGAACCUAUUGUUGAUUUAUUUUCAAGCCCUGCACCAUCAUCUUCACAGGUAUCUGUCAAAGCAUCAGAUGAUUUACUUCAGCUAAAUAACCCAUUUGCUGAUAUGUUUUCGGUAUCUGUAUCAUCUACACAAAAUAAUGUGUCUGGUUCCAUAAAUAAUGAUAGCACCAAUAACUGGAUGAGCAAUGGAUUUAAUACGAAUUCUAGUAAUGCAUUUGUUGAUGAUAAAUCCUUUACAUCAGUUUUUGGACAGCCAGAACUAAAUCAGCAAAAUCCAGGUUCAAAUGCUUCAGGUUCAACUGAUUUGAAUAAUAAAAAAGUACUGACAGGAGAUUUAGACAGCAGUUUGGCUUCUUUAGCAGAAAAUCUUACUAUUAAUAAAGCUACACAACCACCACCUGUUCAAUGGAAUUCUCCUAAAAAUACUCCCAAGUCAGGAAGUGGACAACCAGGUAUGGGCUGGAGUCCACAACCUAUGGCAGCUACAACUGGUGCUAACUACAAACCUAUGGGUCAAGGAAUGAUGUCAAACCCUUCACCCUUUAUAUCAUCUUAUGGUUUAUUGGGUGUACAACCAGGCUCUGUUGUUGGUGGUAGUACAGUAGGUGGUGGUAAUCCUGGAGUUGCUACACUUUCAAGCACUCAACCGCAACCUGUAGCAGAUCCUUUUGGCAUUUGAGGAUAUAAAAUAGGACUGAUCCACUAAAGUGUAUGUGACUAUUUCAACAAUGAUUAACAAUGUAUUAAUUUAAUACAUUAUUUGUGCCAUAUGUUAAUAUCGUGAAAUUGGCAAUGUUAUUGUAAAAUUUUACUUUUAAUGUUAAUCAUUUAUUAAUUUUAGAAUAAAAUUCUAA